UCCAAUCAGUGUCAAACGCAAAUAAUCAGUUUCCAGCUGCACUAAAUUUCUAAAUAACUUCUAAUUUAAAUAAAGCCGACGUAAUUAAUAAAAUACUAUGCCGAUUACAAGUUUUGGUGAAAAGUAGAAAAAAUUUGAAUAUGCAAUAUUUAUAACUGUAACAGUUUUUGUUAUUCCGAAUUAUUGCACCUUGUUUUCAUCUACCUAAUAUCUUGAAUUUCACAAAAUGUUCUUCGAGUUAUUCAUCUUAUUUGUGGUCCUUCCACUAUUUUUCUUGGCAUUUGUUACAUUUGCUACCUUCGUCCUGAUACCUUGUGCAUUUAUCUUUGCGUCAUGGUACAUGAGGAUCAAGGAGAGGAAGCUGGAGAGGCGCAAGAGGGAUGGAGCAAAUGUUGCCUUCUUCCACCCCUACUGCAAUGGCGGGGGUGGCGGAGAGAGAGUCCUCUGGGUUGCUAUCAAGGCAUUGCUCACUAGGUAUCCUGAUAUUCACAUUUACGUUUACACAGUUGAGACUGCCGAGGCCAAGACUAUAAUAGAUAAGGUGCAGAAUCAGUUCAAUGUUAAGCUGGAUGUAGACAAGAUCAAUUUUAUAAGACUGAGUAUGAAGAAUGCUAUCGACCCCGCAUCAUACCCGUACUUAACACUGCUGAUGCAGAGCUUGGGCUCCAUUGGUUUAGGCAUGGAGGCAUUUAUGAAGUUCAAUCCUGAUAUCUACAUAGACACAACGGGGUUCGCGUUCACGUACCCCAUAUUCCGGUACCUGGCGGCGUGUCCGGUAGGCACGUACACGCACUACCCCACCAUCACGUCGGCCAUGAUGCGGCGCGUGAAGCACCGCGUCGCCGCCCACAAUAACAGCAGCCUCAUCGCGCGCAACCCUCUGCUCACCUGGUGCAAGAUACUCUACUACAAGAUGUUUGGGAUGAUGUACCGGUGGGUGGGUCGGUGCGCGGACGUGGUGCUGGUGAACGGCACGUGGACGGAGGAGCACAUCAACGAGCUGUGGGGCCGCCCGCUCUCCACGCACCGCGUCUACCCGCCGUGCGAGGUGUCUGAGCUGAAGAAGCUACGGUCUCUGGUGCGGGACUCGGACCCCAUCCGCAUCCUGUCGGUGGCGCAGUUCCGACCGGAGAAGGAUCACCCGCUGAUGCUGCAGGCGCUGUACGAGCUGCGCAACCUGCUCAUGAACAACGACCAGCUCUGGGGGAAGAUCAAGCUGGUGCUGGUGGGUUCGGCGCGGUCGGCUAGCGAGCAGGAGCGCGUGCGCAACCUGCGCGACCUCGCCGCGCACCUCAGCGUGGACGGGCACGUGCAGUUCGUGCUCAACGCGCCCUACGCCCAGCUGCUGCAGCUCUACCAGACCAGCACCAUGGCGAUACACACCAUGUGGAACGAGCACUUCGGCAUCAGUGUGGUGGAGUGCAUGGCGGCGGGCCUGAUCACGAUCGCGCACCGGUCCGGCGGGCCGCUGGCGGACAUCAUCGAGACGGCGGAGGGGUCCCGUACCGGCUUCCUCGCUGCCGAGCCCGCCGAGUACGCGCGCGCCAUACUGGAGGUCAUCGCGUUGCCGCAGCACGAGAGGAACAGGAUCAUCGAGGCUGCCAGGGCUUCAGUCGACCGUUUCUCUGAGUCGGAGUUCGAGAAAGCGUUCAUAAGAACGUCGGGGCCGCUGUUCACAUUACAGUAGUUAAUGUUGCAAUGUUAUUCCACUAAGUAUAAGAUUAUAGAUAAAACAAGUUUACCAAA